AAAAAAAAAAUCUCCCAUACAAUUUUUUUUUUUUUUUUUUUGUCUUUUCCAGAGAGAGUGGCAAUGUACCGGCCGGUGACGCUGCCUCCGACGAGCCAUUCUCCACGGUGGCAAGAGUCCUGGAGUCGCCUGCUGGUUCCUCUGACUAUUUGGCUUUGCGUUUCGGUGAGCCUCAAAUAUGGGUAUUACGGGGAUUGCCGUAUGUUGCUCGGACCGAGCUCGUCGCGGUUGAUGCAGGCAAGUUCCGUAUUUGUGGAACAAGUUGAAGUUAGAGACGAUGACAAGAAAGGCGUCCGUUUUUAUGCCUUCACCGACAAGCCCGACUUGAGCUACGAAGCAAACUGGAGCGUCUCAAACUAUGUGAUCGUUGGAUCCUACAGCCGCCAGGGAUUUUCCUUGUGGUUGAACAAAGGCUCGGCAAUCCGUAUGAGAUGGGAAGCUCCAACUAGUGCUUUAAACAAGCUUGAAGUGGUUAUGAUUAAAGGAGAGCGGAAAUUCAAUACAUUAUUGCCGAAAGUGGCAAGUUCCCCUGACGCCCUUGCCCUCCAUCAACCAAUCAGUGGAAAAGGAGCAGAAUACACCAUCGAGGAAGACGACAGGUACUACCUUGGCGUGAUAAACACGAGUCCCAGAAACAUAAUUUUGAGCCUGAGUUUGAAUGUUUCGGCGAAGAUGUAUGAUACUUCUAAAGCUAAGAGCAUGUGUUCUACAAUGACCGGUUCCUGCCGGCUCAGCCUUCUGUUCCCCGAUACUCACUAUGUCAUACUCACCACACCCAACAAUGGGGAUCUUGGUGGAUGGAACAUUGAGCUUUCUUUUGUGGCACGUGUAGUAACAUACAUUGCAAUUUUAGGAUUUAUUGUGAUUAUUGUUUUCCUGAUACUGAAAUACCUCGGAGCCUGCGGUGAAGAUGAGGGCACCGUAAUAGACACACCGGUACGAGAAGCUGAAAGGGAAGAAACUGAGACUGAUCCUAUAAUGCGGGUGAAGCCAAUGCCGUACACAUAUGGAACAGGUGAAGAAGAGGAAGAUUCGGGAGCAUUGAGCAGCUCUUCGGAGGAAUUAUACGAUGCAAAAUUAUGUGUAAUUUGUUACGAUGAGCAACGCAACAGCUUCUUUGUUCCUUGUGGCCACUGUGCUACCUGCUAUGAAUGUGCACAGAGGAUUAUGGAGGGGGAGAACAAGGUGUGUCCAAUAUGUCGACGGCUUAUUCACAAAGUGAGGAGAUUGUUUCACUCUUAGAACAAAAAACUAACUGGGUUGGUAUAUCUGUGAUUAUGGUUGGGAGGUGAUUUUGUGGUUGGAAAGAUGAAUUUUAUUUGUGUGGAAAAUGAGUCCAAUUAAUACUUUCUAGUUGUCAGUUUCAUGGCCUAACUUGUGAAAUGUGCAAAAUGCACUUGAAUUUCUCGGAGUUGCAUAUAUGGAUUUUGAUUGAUAUUGAAGAGUGUAAGUAUGCAGAAUUCUUUGUUCACAAA